GAUUCAUAGGCAGCAGGAUAUGUACUGUAUUCCUAUAGAUAGCCUGUGUUUCCCGUGAGCGCAUUCUCUGUGUUCUGUGUUUUGGCUUUCUCCUUCUUCGUCAAACCAUCCUCCUCCCACGCGACAUCAUGGUCAGCCUCAUCUCCCACACGGUCCUGAACCCGUUCCUGAGCGGUGCCGCUCUCUACGCGCUCACUCGCAGCCCGCCAGAGAUCAAGCAGCAUGCGCUCUCCGCUCUUGCCGCCGUUCCUUUCAACAUCCCUCACGCCACCGCUGUAUCUGUGUUGAAGGCGCUCUUCGGUUUGGGUGUGGUCUCAUAUGUCAACGGACUGCUCAACCGAUGGGCGUUCAACCACUGGUCUUUCUCGAAUGGCGCAGCGCCAUGGAAGUGGAAUGAGGAGCUGUGUGUCAUGACUGGUGGCAGUGGUGGUCUCGGUGUCAUCGUUACCGGACACUUGAUCAAGAAGGGUAUCCGCGUUGCUAUCUUGGACAUCUCUCCUCCGCCGCAGGAGCUCUUGGACACCGGCAAGGUCUUCUUCUACAAGUGCGACGUCACCUCCUCCGCCAGCAUCAAGGAGGUCGCCGACAAGAUCAAGGCCGAGCACGGCACCACCACUAUCCUCUGCAACAACGCCGGUAUUGGUCGCACCAACCUCAUCACCGAAGUCAGCGAUGCCAACCUCGACAAGAUCUUCAAGAUCAACUGCAUCAGCCACUGGUACACCGUCCGCGAAUUCCUCCCCGACAUGAUCAAGGCCAAGAAGGGUCAUAUCAUCAGCACCGCGUCUAUGGCUUCAUACACGACUUGCGCUGGAAUGGUCGACUACUGUGUUUCAAAGGCGGCUGCCAUGGCUUUCACUGACGGUCUCAACCAAGAAAUUAAGUGGCGUUACAAGGCCCCCUUCGUCCGCGUUUCCUCCAUCAACCCCUACUGGAUCAAGACCCCCCUGAUCGCCGGCUGGGUCGACAAGACUCUCGCAGACAACUGGCUCUUCGGCGCCGUCUCGCCCGUCCAGGACCCCGAGGUCGUUGCCAAGCGCAUGGCCGAGGUCAUCCUCUCCGGCCGCGGCCAGCACGUCCUCUUGCCUGAGGGAAACCCCCUCAUGACCCUCGCCGCGGCGGGUCGUGGUCUCCCGCACUGGCUGCAUGAGUUUGCGAAUGAUACCCAGAACAACACUGCGAAGCACUAGAUGCGGUUUUGUGAGGACUCUCUCUUAUCGUGAGUCGUCGACUUUGUCUUGCGGGAGGGUGUGUCAUUUCUUCAGUAUAGCGAUGAUUGU